UUGAAGGUGUUCUUGAGGGCGCUAUAUUCAACCAAACAUGGCGACUCCCGGUGGUAUGCUAAACAAGAAAAAGAAGGAUUUCAUCGGCAUAUCUGCUCCACUUGGUUAUGUACCUGGCUUAGGAAGAGGAGCUACUGGAUUCACAACUCGAUCUGAUAUUGGACCGGCAAGAGAAGCAAAUGACAUCAGUGAUGACAGACAUCCAGCUCCGAAGAAGAAGAAGAAAGAUGAUGAAGAUGAGGAGGAAGAUUUAAAUGACAACAACUAUGACGAGUUUGCUGGCUACGGUGGAAGUCUGUUCAACACUGGACCCUAUGAGAAAGAUGAUGAAGAGGCAGACGCUAUAUAUGAAGCCAUUGAUAAGCGGAUGGAUGAAAAACGCAAGGAAAGAAGAGAAAAGCGAUUUCGUGAGGAGAUUGAGCGCUACAGACAAGAAAGACCCAAGAUUCAACAGCAGUUUUCAGAUCUCAAGCGUGAACUGUCUGAUGUAAGUGAAGAUGAAUGGCUGAAUAUCCCAGAAGUUGGCGAUGCUCGGAAUAAACACCAGCGGAAUGCCAAGGCAGACAAAAUCACCCCAAUGCCUGACAACUUUCUGUCAAAACACGCCAUGAGCACCGAAUCCAUGACGACCCUUGACCCUCGCCAGCAAGCCCUGGGAGGUAUGGCGACCCCGUAUCCGGGAGGCAUGACCUCAUCUGGAGAUAAUGACCUGAGGAAGAUUGGAGAAGCGAGAAACACCCUCAUGGACGUCAAACUGAACCAGGUGUCUGACUCUGUCAGUGGACAGACAGUGGUUGACCCCAAGGGUUACCUGACUGAUCUACAGAGCAUGCUUCCAUCCUACGCUGGGGACGUUGCCGAUGUGAAGAAGGCUAGAUUGCUUCUCAAGUCGGUCAGAGAGACCAACCCUAACCAUCCUCCAGCUUGGAUUGCCUCUGCCCGUCUUGAGGAAGUCACAGGGAAACUUCAAGCUGCUAGGAACAUCAUCAUGAGAGGUUCUGAAGUGUGUCCACGUAGUGAAGACGUGUGGCUUGAGGCUGCUAGAUUACAGCCUGGUGACACUGCAAAGGCUGUUAUUGCACAGGCUGUCCGCCAUCUUCCCAACUCAGUCAAGAUCUGGAUCAGGGCAGCAGACCUUGAGCUGGAGACUAGAGCAAGAAGAAAGGUCUUUAGAAAAGCGUUGGAACACAUUCCCAACUCUGUCAAGUUGUGGAAGUCAGCGAUUGAGCUGGAGGGACCAGAGGAUGCUAGAAUCCUACUCAGUCGAGCUGUAGAGUGUUGUCCAACAAGUGUAGAGCUUUGGUUGGCCCUCUCAAAACUGGAGAACUAUGAAAAUGCUCGGAAGGUUCUCAACAGAGCUAGAGAAAACAUUCCUACCGAUCGUAAGAUUUGGAUUUCAGCCGCUAAGCUGGAAGAGGCAGAGCGAAACCAUCUGAACGUAGAUAAAAUCAUCGACAGAGCUUUGACAUCGUUACGGUCCAACAUGGUGGAGAUCAACAGAGAGCAAUGGAUCAAAGAUGCAGAGGAGUGUGAGAAAGCUGGUAGUAUUGCAACAUGCCAGUCUAUUAUACGCGCAGUAAUUGGUGUUGGUCUUGAGGAUGAGGAUCGUGAGACAACCUGGAUGGAUGAUGCAGAUAGUUGUGCAUCCCACCAAGCCAUAGAGUGUGCCCGCGCUAUUUAUGCUCAUGCCCUGACAGGGUUUCCGAGUCGCAAAAAGAUCUGGCUGGAAGCUGCUUAUUUUGAGAAGAACCAUGGGUCCAGAGAAUCCUUGGAAUCUCUACUGCAGAAGGCUGUAGGACACUGUCCCAAGGCUGAAGUACUGUGGCUCAUGGGUGCCAAAUCAAAAUGGCUUGCUGGUGACGUACCAGCCGCUCGUAGCAUCCUGGCAUUGGCCUUCCAGGCUAACCCAAACAGCGAAGAGAUCUGGUUGGCUGCCGUCAAACUGGAGAGUGAGAACAACGAGGACGAGAGAGCGCGCAGACUGCUAGCAAGAGCAAGAAACAGCGCCCCCACAGCCAGGGUAUGGAUGAAGUCUGUCAAACUGGAGUGGCAACUGGGCAGUAUUGAGAAGGCUCGGCAGUUAUUGGAUGAAGGAGUCAAACAUUACCCAGACUUCUCUAAGUUAUGGAUGAUGAGAGGUCAGAUUGCUGAGCAGCUCGGGGAAAGAGAAGAUGCCAGAAAGACAUUCCAACAGGGUCUGAAGAAGUGUGCCCGGUCUGUUCCGCUGUGUCUUCUUGCAGCAAGACUAGAAGAGAAGAUUGGGAACCUGACCAAGGCAAGAGCAAUGCUGGAGAAAGCACGACUCAUGAAUCCGCAGUGUCCAGAAUUAUGGCUUGAAGCUGUUAGAAUAGAAUCUCGGUCUGGAAACAAGAACGUUGCUCAAGCCACGAUGGCCAGAGCAAUGCAGGACUGUCAAGGAUCAGGGAUUCUAUGGGCUGAGGCCAUCUUCCUAGAGGCUCGACCACAAAGGAAGACUAAGAGUGUAGACGGACUGAAGAGAUGCGAGCAUGACCCACAUGUGCUGCUGGCAGUUUCCAAGUUAUUCUGGAGUGAGCGUAAGAUCAGCAAGGCGAGGGAAUGGUUCAAUCGAACAGUCAAGAUUGAGCCGGAUCUUGGGGACGCUUGGGCUAACUUCUUCAGAUUUGAAAUACAGCAUGGAAAUGAGGAACAGCAAGAGUCGGUUCGUAAGCGUUGUGUUGAAGCAGAGCCCCGUCAUGGUGAAUUAUGGUGUAGUGUCUCAAAGAACAUCGCCAACUGGAGAUGCAAGACCAAUGAGAUCCUACCAAUGGUGGCAACCCUCAUCAGCACUGUCUUCUAGAUGGUCACGAUGUCACAGAGCGAGGGGGUAAGCACUAUGUGAAUCACUCAUUACAGCAAGGGGGCGAUUUCACAAGGCAGUAAAAUUCAUCGCAAGACAAAUUGUCAGUAUAAGGAUAGUGAUAUGUAUUGUGACAUCACACUUGGCAACUACGAUUGAUUUGCAGUCAAGUGAAGAGGUUGAUAUUUUUUUUGAACAAAAAACUUUGGAGUGCUACGGCAGCCCGAAACUGUGUAUUUUCCAGGGAGCCUAGAAAGAUGACAUGAAUGUUAUUGGCCCAAUGACCAGGGCACUUGUGUAAAAUGUCCUAAAUAAGGGCCAUGUCACUUAAAGCCCGGUUCAUACUUCCUGCGAAUGCGAAUGCGAUACGAAUGUUGACGUCACAAAUUUGCAACGAAUUAU